GUGAUCGGCAGCAAAAUGGCAGCGAGCGACUCUAUCACAGACGACAGCCUUUAUCCGAUCGCUGUUUUGAUCGACGAACUAAAAAACGAAGAUGUACAGUUACGGCUGAACUCGAUAAAGAAAUUAUCCACGAUUGCUCUUGCAUUGGGCAUCGAACGAACACGUACUGAAUUAAUACCGUUUUUAACGGAGUCUAUGUAUGAUGAAGAUGAAGUUCUGUUAGCAUUGGCAGAACAAUUGGGACAGUUUACUCCUCUUGUAGGAGGUCCAGAAUAUGUACACUGCUUAUUGAAACCACUAGAGACUUUAGCAACAGUUGAGGAAACAGUAGUUCGAGACAAAGCGGUGGAAUCUUUAAGAGCGAUCGCUGCUCAACACAGUCCAACAGAUUUAGAAGAACAGUUUGUUCCUUUGAUAUAUCGCUUAGCAGCAGGUGAUUGGUUUACAUCAAGAACAUCAGCAUGUGGCCUAUUUAGUGUCUGUUAUUCACGCGUUAAUUCAUCGGUUAAAGCGUGUUUACGGAACAACUUUCGUAACCUGUGCCAAGAUGACACACCAAUGGCACGGCGUUCUGCUGCUUCAAAUUUAGGAGAAUUCGCGAAAGUAAUGGAAAUUGAAUAUGUGAAAGCAGAUUUAAUUCCAAUGUUUGUCAUCCUAGCGCAAGAUGAACAAGAUUCUGUACGUCUCUUAGCUGUUGAAGCUUGUGUUAGCAUUGCAGCUUUGUUACCACAAGAAGAUGUAGAACAAUUAGUUAUGCCCACACUUCGACAAUGUGCAAUUGAUCAGUCAUGGCGUGUACGUUAUAUGGUAGCAGAUAAAUUUACUGAUCUACAAAAAGCUGUUGGUCCAGAAAUUACAAACACAGAUCUCGUACCAGCAUUUCAAGUACUGUUAAAAGAUAUAGAAGCUGAAGUAAGAGCUGCAGCAGCAGAUAAAGUUCGCGACUUCUGUCAAAAUCUGGAUAAGGUCAAUCAAGAAUCUAUCAUUAUGACAAACAUAUUACCCAUAGUCAAAGAACUUGUAUCGGAUGCAAAUCAACAUGUAAAAUCAGCUUUAGCAAGCGUUAUAAUGGGUCUUAGUCCAAUUCUUGGAAAGCACAACACAAUCGAACAUCUUCUACCCCUAUUUUUGUCACAACUCAGAGAUGAAUGUUCAGAAGUCCGUUUAAACAUUAUCAGUAAUUUAGAAUGCGUUAAUGAAGUUAUCGGCAUACAACAGCUUUCACAGUCUCUUUUACCAGCUAUAGUAGAAUUAGCUGAGGAUUCGAAAUGGCGAGUAAGAUUAGCCAUUAUAGAGUAUAUGCCAUUAUUAGCUGGACAGCUGGGAGUUGACUUUUUCGAUGAAAAAUUAAAUUCUUUGUGCAUGACUUGGUUAGUAGAUCAUGUAUACGCUAUCCGAGAAGCGGCCACAUUAAAUUUGAAAAAGUUGGUAGAAAAGUUCGGUCCGGAAUGGGCACAGAAUACAGUAAUACCUAAAGUUCUAGCAAUGUCGAGAGAUCAAAAUUACCUUCACAGGAUGACGUGUUUAUUUUGUAUUAAUGUAUUGGCUGAGGUGUGUGGCCCGGAAAUAACGACAAAGGUGAUGCUUCCAACUGUCUUAGGAAUGGCCACCGAUAAUGUUGCCAAUGUACGGUUUAAUGUUGCGAAAACUCUUCAAAAAAUUGGACCUUAUCUUGAACCUUGUGCCGUGCAAGCUCAAGUAAAACCUGUACUUGAUAAGCUCAAUACUGAUAGCGACGUCGAUGUGAAAUACUUUGCUUCAGAAGCAAUUGCAGGCAUCGCAGCGUAGGUUGAGCAAAAAAAGAAUUGCAUUUAAAUUUUAUCCAUCAGUAUCCAACUUCAACCUGAAGAAGUAACCUGCCGCAAUAUUUACAUUUACACAUGGCAACAGGUAACAUUAUUGCACAGUCAGAGCAGAUCUAAUGUCGAGAAAUAUAAACUUCAAAUUAGUAGUUCAUAUUAAGCGAUAUUUUAAGUUCUGUUAUAUCUGUAUAUCUAUAAUUAUAUUACUUAUUAAAUAUUCAAUUUAAUUGGUAAAAUGUAUUUCUUACAAGUACCUAAAUAAUUAUCUACAAAAAUAAUAUAAUUAAUAAAUGGUACCUCGAAAUCAUUCCUACAAAAAUCAGACGCCUCAUUAUAAUCUGCUCUUCCAUAUACACUGAUCAAAAAUUUACUUUCAUCUUUUAUUAAUCAGUAUUUUAAUUUGAUAUGUAUACGUAACAUUGUU